CACUACACAAUGCGAUGCGGGCUGCUUGUUUGUCUUCAGCAGACGAUGAUGCCAAACAACGCCAGCUGAUAAGGCCUUUGAAGUGAGCGCAGAAUUCCGAGUUGUGCCGCAACCAAAUAAUACGCGAUGCCGUUUUCUGAGCAAAUUGACGACCCGCCCUUAAAGCACCUCUUCGACGUCAGCGUAGGUGAUGGUCUGGAGCAAGAAGGGGUCAUCCGGCUGACGGCUGGUGCUCCGGGGCCCUCCCUCUUGCACGCGUGCUCCGAGCUUUUCACCAAAGCUUGGAGUCACACUAUGGAAAAAUUUCAAGAUGUUAACGUCUUUCAAUAUGGAAUCGCUCCCGGAUCCUGGGAAUUCAGAGAGGUGCUUUCAAAGUUUUUGUCUGAAAGCUAUCAUGACAAAGUGAACAGAUCUGACUUGAUUCUGACUUGUGGAGCCACCCACGGAUUGCAGAUUAUUUUGAACACUUUGCUCACUCCGGGAGGAAUGAUUUUCGUAGAAAGUGCCACAUAUAUGAUAGCCCUGGACGUUUUCAAAGAAUUCCCAAAUUCAUCUGUUGAACCUAUUGAAAUGGAUGACAAUGGUUUGGAUGUCGGAGAUUUGGAGAAAAAACUGCAGAUGUGGCGAAAUGUCAAGAGUUGGAACACAAGCGAAGAGAAACCCUUUUGGGCGAUGCUUUACUGCAUCCCCGCAUUUCAAAACCCGACUGGAACCAACUUGAGUCGAAAGAGGUGUUCACAAUUAAUUGAGCUUGCGAGAAAAUUUGAAGUGCUUGUUCUUUGUGACGACGUUUACAAUUUGCUGGCGCACGAUAAUCCACCCAAACGCCUUUUCGCUUACGACAGACCCCAAGUACAAUCGUUCGGAGGCCACGUCAUUUCCAAUGGCACUUUUUCCAAAAUCCUCGCACCUGGGGUCAGGGUGGGAUGGCUCGAGGCACCACCCAGAUUUGUUGAACGACUGAAGAAAUCGGGAAUUUUGCGGAGCAGUGGAUCAGUGAACCAUUUCAUGUCGGCAGUCAUUACGUCGAUAAUUGAGCUUGGGUUACAAAAGCAACACCUUGAACUGUUAAAAAACACUUUUAAGGACCGAAUAAUUUCUAUGAUGGAAGUUCUGUCGACGAAUCUACCACCCAAUUGCAAAUUUCACAAAUCUGAGGGAGGAUACUACGUUUGGCUUGAAUUGCCAUGUGGAAUCGAUGCGUCUGAUUUUUGCGACUUUAGCUUGAAAAAUUUUGGUGCCACUGCCCAUCCAGGAAAAUAUUUUUCCGCAAACAGAACAAACUGCAUGAGAUUAGCAGUGGCCUAUCACGAGAAGGCAGAACUAACCAAAGCCGCUGAGUUGAUAUGCAAAGCUCUUCACGUGUAUUUGGCCGACCAAAAAAAUCAAUAAAAAUAAUACAUUUUGUUUGCAAAUAAGUCAAA